UCCAUUUACUUCCGGUUACACGCUGGUAUAUUUUUGCAGACUUCUAAAUAUUUUUGUCUUCUUAUCAACUCACUUUUCUUGACUGUUCUGAUGUUUUUCAAGCAUCAAAGAUGACAAAUGUCUACUCCUUUGAUGGCCUCGUGGUCUUUGGACUCCUAUUAAUAUGCACAUGUGCUUACAUGCAGAGGGUGCCACGAUUAAAGAAAUGGUUCCUAUCAGAAAAGAAGGGAUUUCAAGGUGUAUUUUAUAAAGCUGCUGUGAUAGGAACUCGAUUACACAUCCCUGUGGCAUUAAUCUGCAUCAUAAUGGCUAUAUAUGUAUUAGUCAUCAAAUAAGGAUUUACAUUGCAAUGUGCUGUACAAAUUGUAAAUAUCGAUCAUUCAUUAUAUCAUGGACAAAACUGAUCAAGGUUGAUCAUCUGAAUGUUUUGAGAUGGGUUGGAUAUGUUGCAAGGUGAUACAAGGAUGUUCAUAAUCAUAUUCAGCUGGAAUUGAAGUGAACAAAUUACAAUUGAAUUUUGGAGUAGAUCUCAAUGUAAGCACCAGGCAGUAGGAGUUACAAAAAUAUUGGUUUGGGUUUAUUUCUAUCAGAAUCUCCAUUUAAAUAUUGUAACACUGUGUAAUAUGGCAUUUUGAGCAAUAGUGUAGUUUCAUAUACUGUAAUAACAAGCAAGUGGCAAUCUUACAUGAAGAGGAUUCAUACACGUACCAGUACAUUUUGAUAGGUGUGUAAGCAUAGCUGUAGAGCCAUCUACAGUGGAACUCUGGCAGGACAUUAGUGCCUGCCUGCUACUCCUCCUCUGAUGUUUGCAUCCAGUCGAACUGGAGUUAUCCUUGUGUCACAAUCACAUCAGAAGUUAUUAAUACUAUCUAGCAUAGAAUAUUUACUUGAUUAUCAUGCUGUCCAACACACAACUGGUCUGUUACUAAGAAUGGGUGUAUUGAUACUUAUGCCAGAUUGGUAUUCAAAUAUAAUUAUCUGUUUUCUA